AUGCAAUUGGAAAUUUCCAUGGAGACUGGAGAAAUUUAUUUUGGUGAAUCAAACAAUUUUAGUGACAACAAUGACCUCAACUUAAAAUCAUGUAAUCCAAAAUUGUUGGAAUAUGAAAAGCGUAAAAGUCGAAUGAUUGUAUUUGUAGCUGAUGUUUUUUUAGAUGAUCCUAAGGUCCUAAGAAAAUUUCAUACAUUGUUAAAUUCUUUCAAUGAUCUUGCUCCAGUGGCCAUCGUGUUGAUGGGUGACUACUUGUCUUGUCGUAUACCUUCACAUGCAUAUGCCCAGGAAUUGAAAAAUCAUUUGACUCAACUCGGCCAUUUCUUACAUGACAACACCCCCGGACUUUGCAAACACACUUUGUUUGUGUUGUUAUCUGGUCCUGGAGAUCGUUAUUGUGGUGCUGCAGGUGCAAGUAUAUUGCCAAGACCUUUAAUACCUGAGUUCUUAACUGAAGAAUUCCGUAGAUUAGUACCACGAUGUAUAUUUACCACUAAUCCAUGCCGUAUGCAAUACUGUACACAACAGAUACAUAUUAUUCGAUCUGACGGUCUAAUGAAAAAAACUGUUAACUAUGAUAUCAGACAUGGAUCAAUGGAUAAAAAAAAACCUUCUACAGUAACUGAGUCGGAUGACGAUAUAAUUAAAAAUUAUAUAAAAACUUUGGAAAGCCAGUCACAUCUWAUUACUGUUCCUUUGGAUGUAUGUCCCACAUACUGGCCACUUGCAUCACAUUCCUUGAGUCUGUACCCAAUGCCUGAUGUAGUGUGCAUAGCAGAUUCCAACGCCCCAGAAUACAGUACUGUAGGUUCAAAUGAUUCCAAUAGUUCUAGUUCAAAAAUAUCAUCAUCUUCAGGUUGCGUAUUUUUCAACCCGUUCUUUAGCAACCGAAGACAUCAACUCAACAAGACAACUUACAUCAAGACAUCAACAUACCAUUAAUAUCCUCACUUGCCUCUCAUCAAUAUAAAAAUUUCAUACAAYACCUUUAACUAAUCAAGCCCGCUCAUAUCUAAACUCUCUUCUAGUACAGUCCCUGAUAACCCCCUCCAUCGUUUCAAAUGCAAAUGGCCGAGUGGCUUAUUAAAUAAUGCCUAGUACUUACUUUAUAUUAAUAAAGUUACCUUCCUCUAAGUUUAAAUUGGAUGUAGUGUCACUGGA